CAAGGCAGGACGGAAGCCGCUGGGCAAUAUCGUGCCUAACAAGCGAUCGUGGAAUGGGCAAAGGAAGGGGACUACGGCGUCAAUGUACAGUCAUGUUCCGGGAGACGACAAGUAAGAAGAUAUACUGCAGGCAGGGGUCGAGUUCCCUGAGAAAGACGUCUUGCAGUGCCCGCGGCAUGUGCCUACAAGCCACGAAAGACGCAUGUCCCUGCUGGCAUGGCUGCUUCAUUCAAAGCUGUACCCACGUCUGGAUGAUACAGGAACAUUUCAGGUUUGAGUCAAAGCAAAGA